UGAGCAGUGAGCAGGCUGAGAGUCAAGAGCCUAGAGGUGCCUCUAGACGCCGGAGCCGGAGGGGAAAGGCCGGCUUGCAGACAAUUGCUGGAAUCCCCCUCCGCAUUGCAGCCCUUUUGCAGGCAAGCAAGAGGACGGCUUCGUGCAUUGUUCCAAAAAGCAGGACACUUUGAGAAAUUGAAAAUAUGGCAAAAAAGAAGCCGCCCAGGGGAUCUACGAUGGCAGCGAGCAAAAGGAAUGCUCAGAAUGGUAAAGGUGCUCUCAAAGGUGGCACACCAAACCAGCGAUCAAAAGGAGAUACCGCGGUCUCUGGGCAGAAAGCGAAUCCUUUUGAGCGCAUGUGGAAUCGGCGGAAGUUCGACGUUCUGGGAAAGAAAACCAAGGGCGAGCAGAGGAAAGUUGGCCAGUCUAGGAGCCGGGCUGUGGAGAUGAGAAAAGACACGCUCCUCCACGAGUACCGCCAGUCCAAGAAGGCGAACGCGUUCAUCGACCGCCGCUUCGGCGAGUCGGACGCCAGCCUGGCAGAGGACGACAAAGCGAUCAUGCGGUACCAAAAGGAGCGCCUGGCGCAGCUCAACAAGCGCUCGCGCUUCAACCUGAAGGACGAUGAUGUCAGCGACGGGGAGGAGGACCUGCUGAUGCACAGGGGGGUGGCGGCGGGGGUGGACGAUUUUGACGAGGGGGACGUGCCGGGCGAGGAGGAUGAAAACAAUCCUGAGCUUGACGCAGAGAUCGUGGACAAGCUGCAUUUCGGAGGCUUUGAGCGCGCAUCCGGAGGGGAGUCCCUGGACAUUGGAAAGCCAAAAACGCGGAAAGAAGUGAUGGAGGAGCUUAUCGCCAAGAGCAAGUUCUACAAGGCGCAGAAAGCCAAGGAGAAGGAAGAGGCUGACGACUUGCUGGGGACUCUGGACGAACAGUUCAGAGAGCUGACUCAGAAAGGGCUGUUGGCAAGUAAACCGUCCAAGAAGGACGACAUGUCUGCGCUUAUGGCCAAGUAUGGGGUUGCGGCGACUGCUUCGGAGGAGAAGGGUAGAAAGGCGGACACGGCGUUGACAGGAGGGAAGCAGGAUUUGGCAGGAAAGAAGAAAGAGCCGAAAGCUGAGGAAAGUGCUGGGGGUAUGGAGGCGAAAAGAGCAGGGGCGAAGGACAGUGGAAAGCUCGUUCCGGGGAAGGAAGGCAAGAAGAGCGGAACAGCGGAAACGGAACCGGAGAAGGACGACUAUGAAAAGUUGGCGCGUGAGAUGGCGUCCGACCUGCGGGCGCGGGCGUCCGAUCGGACGAAGGACCCGGAGGAGGCGGCGAAGGAGGAGCGGGAACGGCUCGAGAAGCUGGAGAAGAAGAGGCGGCAGCGGAUGGAGGGUCUGGACGAGGAAACGGAGGGAGAGGAAUCAGAGGACGAGACUGGAGGCCGCCGCGCACGGAAGCGGCGCAAGCGGGCUGAGACGUCGGGAGACGAUCUGGGGGAGAACUUCGUGUUGGAAGGAGAGGAGUUUCAGCAGGAGGGUUGGGCGACGGACAUCAUGAAGCAGGGGGAGGAUGAGGACGAGGACGAUGAAGAAAGUGGGGAGGAGGACGAGCUCGAAGGGAGUGCUGACGAGGACGACGACGUCAGCGAAGACGAGGACGAUGACGUCACCGCUGACGGGGAUGACGAGGGCAGCCAAGACGAUGCGGACGUCAGCGGGGGCGAGGGACCGGAGGACGACGUCAGUGGAGGAGAGGAGGAGAGCGGAUCCGGCUCGGAUGGUGAUUUGGACGACUUUUUGGGAGCAGUGCAACGGGAGAAGGAGAUGCGGGAACUAGAGAAGCGAGAAAAGGGAGGGCAGGAAGUAUUGAAACGGAAAAAGAACGGGAAUAGGGACGCAGCUUCGGAUGCUGCUUCUUUAGAGAAGCCAGAUCCACAUACCAAAACUGGGAAGGGGGGCAGAACGGCCGGGAAAGUCAAGGAGGGGGCCCGGAAAAAGGACGGCGGAAAACGCCCCAGGGGGGAGCUUCCUUAUGUGAUCGAUGCCCCCCAGACGUUGGAGCUGUUCCGGGCGAUCGUGGACGGGAGGAGCGACGCUGAGCUGGCGUUGGCGAUCGAAAGAAUACGCGCGUGCAACUCGGUGAAGCUGGCGGCGGACAAUCGGCGCAAGAUGCAGAUUUUCUACAGCGUUCUCGUCCAGUACUUCUCCGCUCUGGCAGGCGACUCCCCGCUGCCGCUGGGCAGAAUUGAUGUCCUUGUCAAGCCUCUCCUCGAGAUGAGCCAGGACACGCCUCUCAUUGCGGCCGUCAACGCCAGGGAGCGGAUUCUCAAGAUGCAACAACAGCUGAGCGCUAAGCUUAGGGACCCAGACGGCUCCUCCUGCUGGCCCUCUGCUCGGACGCUCCUCCUGCUCCGCCUCUGGACGCUCACCUUCCCGCCGUCCGACUUCCGCCACCCCGUCACGACGCCGCUCGCCAUCCUAGUUGGCGAGUACCUGGCACGCUGCCACGUGGCGGGCCCUCGGGACGCCGCAGUUGGGGCCUUCCUGUCUGCGUUUGCCCUUCAGUUCCACUCACAGGCCAAGCGCUUUUGCCCCGAGGCGGUGACGUUCCUCCACGCCCUGCUUCUCACGGCCCUCCCCCCUUCCUCCCAGAAAACGCACCCCUCCCUUUGGGGGGCCGUUCCGGCCUACUUGAGAGAACAGGUCGGCAGUCAACUUUGGCUGCACGUCCCUUCAAAAACGUCCUCAAAAAAGGACUCGGAAAAGCACCCAUCAGAAACUGCCAAGAAGGCGAAGGCGAAAGCGUCGAACGGCGUGUCCGAAAACGGGGUUGGCAAAACCCACGGGGAUCACACCGAAACAGCGUCCCCCAGCUCGGAGUCCGAAUCCCUUGACCUGGUGUCUCUUCUUUCUGGGGGGGCAGAUUUGCGAGAGUAUGAGACGGAUCAGUGGAAGCAGUCUUUGCUAGCGGCGGUGUUGGAAACCCUGGGCGGGUUUGUGCGGCUGUAUAAGGGCCUGCCGUCGUUCUCGGAGCUCUUCCGACCACUCGGGGGGACGCUAGAGGCGCUGUUGAAGGAAGGGCUUCGGUCGGAAACGCUGCAGGCUGCGGCAGCCCGCUUGCGCGAAGACAUCACGACCACCUCUGCUGACGUCAUCUCGACGCGGCAGCCGGUGAGAAUGCGGACCAAGCGCGCGGAGCCCAUCAAGCAGUACAACCCGCGCUUCGAGGAGGACGGCUAUGUGGCGGGCCGAGAUUACGAUCCAGAUCGGGAGCGAGCCGAGAAGAAGAAGCUCAAGAAGCAGCUCAAGAAGGAGACCAAGGGGGCUGCGCGCGAGCUGCGCAAGGACAACUACUUCUUGGCUGAGGAGAAGCGGCGCGACCAGUUGGUGGCCGAAGAGGAGCGCCACGACAAGUACCGCAGCGCUAUGGCGUUUCUACAGCAGCAGGAGGGGGCGUUCAAGUCGGGGCAGCUGGGGGGCGGGAAACGGAAGCGGAAAUAGGUGGGCUCUAAGAAGUCGGCAAUUGGUGUAAAGGAGUGGGUUUCUAAAGGGUUUCCGUUAAGCGGAGAUUUUGUGGGCGUGUCGCCACCGCAGACGCAGGUUGAGGCGCUCCGUAGCGAGCGCAGUGUGGAGGCUCUGUUCGGCCGAUGUCUUGAUGUCGUGCGAGAAUUUCGUUGGAAAGAUCCAAUUGACGUAAGUUUUGGCGCAGACAUCUGCCUUGGUUUUCCACCACUCUCAUAAGCACAUGAUGUUAUGAUGGUC